GCUAGUGUAUAUCGCGCAAAACACCCUGCAAAAUGGCCUCAACACCGCAUGUGGCAGGCCCAGUACCGGAUCUCGCGGAGGCCAUCACCACGCUUCAGGCUAGAGUACGAAAUUUCAUCGAGGAUGUGAAGAGUGGGCGUCAAAAUUUCAUACUAGAAACAACCGAUGAUUUGCCGUUGGGAGAUGGAUCAGUACAAAUGAUGAAGUUUGUAGCUGCUGAUGAAGGGACGAAACGCCACCUGGAGGGCCUUUUGGCAGAGCUCGUGAGACUAGAAAAACAACUUCGCUCAAGAGAGGAAUGGCAUCCGCCAUCACCACAGUCACAAGAUGCAAUACUACCAGACACAGUCGACUUGGCCGACCUUGCAAGUGCAGUACACAUGCUCCGCGAUUUCGUCACCUCUUCGAAUUCCCCUCAACAGCGCACACCUCAGCCAACCUUGUCGGCCCAUUCCUGGACCUGGGAUCCCGUGUGGUGCGAAUUCUACACAUACCUGCAGGCGCAAGAUACGUACGUCUUCCUGUCGCAAUGGAGGUUGAACGAGGCAAGGAACGUCUGGGAACAUGUGAACAUGGCCGGAACAAACCUGAUGCCCGAUCGAGCGGCAGAGCUAUUGGGUGCCUGGGAAGACUGGGAAUGGGAUGCAAUUGCACAACAGUGGUAUCUUGAUAUGGGACCUGGUACUAGCGAGAAGAUCCAGAUAUUUGCGAGUCCUUGGCAGGUUCAGGAUGACGGCGAGUGGCUAUCCAUUGGCAAAGAAGACUACUUCAACUACCGUCCCUGGUCUGGCACCCACAAUACAUCAGCGCGUGAACAGUUCCACGUGCCAAGCUUCCUGCCAUCGUACGCGGGCACUCGAACGCCGCUAUCCACCGGUCCUGCAGGAUACACGUACACGCCUCUCUACGCACGCACGCAGCAGUUCGAGUCGUUCCGCCACGACUACGGCGUGCGAUACAAGACGCGGGUGUCGGCCAAAGCCGUGUUCCUGGGCUUUCGCUGGCGCCUGCUGCUCGAUGAAGAUGCGUUUCCAGCACGCGCGCGAGACGACGGUGUGGCGUUUCUGAAAUCCCCCAACGGUAUUCCCGUACGUUCUCUGCCCACAUGGCGGUAA